GCCGCAACGGCGCUCUCCCUCCCCGGCGCGCGCGGGCCGCCGCUGCCGACGCCCAGCCAUGGGCCGGGCGGGACCUUCAGCAUCACCUGCGCCGCGCGCAUCGCCGCGACGCCCGACGCCUGCCUCGACGUGAUCGUGAGCGCAUCCGAGUACCCCAAGUGGAACCGCUUCAUCCGCAAAUGCGUCAUCGACAGCGCCGCCGCCGACAGCGCAAAGCUGCGCCUGCACACGCCCUUCACCUUCCACGUGUGGCUGGACCCGUCGGCGCCGGACGGCGCCCCGGCGAGCGCGACCUCGGCGCUGGAGGUCAGCGCGCUGGAGCGCAUCGACGACGACGGCGCGGCGUCCCCGCCGCCGGGCUUCCCGUCGCUGCCGCGGGCCCGCGCGCCGCUGGCCGAGACGCGCCGGGGCUGGCGCAUCGCCUGGCGCCCGCGCUCCAGCUGGCGCAAUGCGCCCCUGUGGCUGCUCCGCUCCGAGCGCGUGCAGGAGCUCGUCGAGGUCGACGGCGGCAGGGCGACCCAGUAUUACUGCUGGGAGACCUUCUACGGCCCGCUGGCCCCCCUGGUGCGGCGCCUCACCGGGCGGCAGGUCGAGCGCGGGUUUGAUGCCUGGAUGGAGGGGUUGAGGGGGAUGGUGGAGGGC